CGGUGCGGGCCGGGCCGCGAUCCACGGCGUCCGCGCCGCACGGGGAGCCCUGCCGGCAGCCUCCAAGGGGCCUCCGAGGGCUUGCUUCGCCUGUAGGAAACACGGGGCUGCUGAGGCAUCCCGCAGAUCUGAACACGGUCGCAGGAACACUGAUGGUUAGUGAGAAGAGCCCAGCUGUUCACAGAGCACUGGAUGGGGAUCUAUUUUCUGCUGUUAGUUGUAGGGCUUUGCUGGGGGCAGUACAACCCCAACACUCUCCCAAAGAGAACCUCUAUUGUGCAUCUCUUUGAAUGGCGCUGGCAGGAUAUUGCUGAGGAGUGUGAGCGCUACUUAGCUCCACAUGGAUUUGGAGGAGUUCAGAUUUCACCUCCAAAUGAAAAUGUUAUCAUUACUGACCCCCGGCAGCCAUGGUGGGAAAGAUACCAGCCUGUCAGCUACAAGCUGUGCACAAGAUCUGGAAACGAAACUGAAUUUAGAGACAUGGUGACCCGGUGCAACAAUGUUGGAGUGCACAUUUAUGUGGAUGCAGUAAUCAACCAUAUGUGUGGAGCUAAUGCUGGGGCUGGUGACCAUGCUACUUGUGGAAGCUAUUUCAAUGCAAGGACUGAAGAUUUCCCAGCUGUGCCCUAUUCUGCCUUGGACUUUAAUGAUCAUAAAUGUAAAUCUAGAAGUGGAAACAUUGAGAAUUAUCAUGAUAUAUCUCAGGUGCGGGACUGCCGCCUGGUCAGCCUGCUGGACCUGGCCCUGGACAAGGCCCACGUGCGCUCCAGGGUUGCCGCGUACCUGAACCAGCUCCUCGGCCUCGGCGUGGCGGGCUUCCGCAUCGACGCUGCCAAGCACAUGUGGCCUGCCGAUGUCAAGGCCAUUUUAGAUGAGCUGGAAGAUCUAAAUACUCAGUGGUUUCCUGCAGGAACUAAACCUUUCAUUUACCAAGAGGUAAUUGACUUGGGUGGAGAGCCCAUCAAGGGCAGUGAUUACUUUGGAAAUGGCCGAGUGACAGAAUUCAAGUACGGUGCCAAACUGGGGACAGUGCUCCGCAAGUGGGACGGAGAAAAGAUGGCCUACUUAAAGAACUGGGGAGAAGGCUGGGGCUUUGUGCCUUCCGACAGAGCCCUGGUCUUUGUGGAUAAUCACGACAACCAGAGAGGACACGGGGCUGGUGGAGCUUCCAUUCUGACCUUCUGGGAUGCCAGGCUCUAUAAAAUGGCAGUUGGUUUCAUGCUUGCCCAUCCGUAUGGCUUCACACGUGUGAUGUCAAGUUUUCGCUGGCCAAGAUAUUUUGAAAAUGGAAAGGACGUCAAUGACUGGUAUGGACCCCCAAGUUACUCCGAUGGCUCCAUAAAGCCCGUUACAAUCAAUCCGGACACGACCUGCGGCAACGACUGGGUUUGUGAACAUCGCUGGCGUCAGAUCAGGAACAUGGUUAUCUUCCGUAACGUGGUGGAUGGUGAGCCUUUCUCCAACUGGUGGGACAAUGGCAGCAAUCAAGUGGCUUUUGGCCGUGGGAAUAAAGGCUUCAUCAUCUUCAAUAAUGAUGACUGGUCCUUGAAUGUAUCUCUGCAAACUGGUCUGCCUGCUGGCACUUACUGUGAUAUCAUUUCUGGGCAAAAGGAAGGUGACUUCUGCACAGCAGUUGAAGUUCACGUUGCUGCUGAUGGCAUGGCUAAUUUCCUAAUUGGGAAUGAAGACCAGGACCCAUUCAUUGCCAUUCAUGUUGAUGCUAAAUUGUAACCAGAUGUGUUCUGCAUGUGCUGUUCCUUCUCGUCUGUAUCUUUGUUAAGAGCAAACAGAUGUGCAGAAUGUCCUGGCUCAGGACUGCAUGAACCGAGACUGAGCACCAGUCCCCAUCUCUGUACAGAGAUGGGAACUGGUGGUGCCAUGCACAUCUGGGAGUGGUGCUAUACAUCUGCAUGCAUUUGUAAGUGUACUUUAUUCAGUUAAGGCGCUAAUAAAAAAUGGAAGGAGAAAUUGA